GUUCUGGAUGCCUUCCUGCUCCCUCAGGGCAAUGCGUUUGUCAAUAUGUUGCGCCCCUGAUUAAGCUAAAUUUAGGCCUCAGCCUAUGCGAACAAUAUGUUUGAAGGAUGGGCUGCAGAUCUGCUGGCCACAUCGUUGGGCCGGUUUGUGGACGUGCAGAAGGACAAGCUACGCAUUAGUUUAUGGAGCGGCUCGGGUGUGCUGGAGAAUGUCCGGCUACGAGCGGAGGCGUUCGACUACCUCAAGCUGCCGUUCGCAAUCCACGAAGGGGUCGUAGGGCGGCUUCGUAUCAAGAUCCCCUGGGGCAACUGGCUGACGGGUGCGCUGGUGGUGGAGCUCAGCGAUGUGCUGCUGUGCGCCACGGAGCGAGAGGACAGCGAGUGGGAGGAGUCUGCGGCGCUGCGCCGCGAGUAUGCCGCCAAGCAGGCGGAUCUGGCGGCCGCGGAGCUGGCGAAGCUCUCACGCAGGAUGGUCGUACAGCAAAACCGGCAAGGACACGGCCACCACCCUCAUCCCCACCACAACAGCAGCAGUAGCACCACCGGUGCCAGCCAGCAGCAGCAACAGCAACAGCAUGUCCUGCAGACGGCAGUCUCCGUAUCCGGUUCGGCGCCUAGUGGCACGGUAGCUGCGGGGGCCACCGCUGGUUCCGGAGCAGCUGCUGGUGGUGCUGGCGCUGGUGCUGGUGCUAGUCCUGCCGUGGUGGAUAAUAGCAUGGCUGGGGCAGGGGCGGUAGCGGUAGCCGGUGGUUUGGCUGCGGAGGGAGGGCAUGGAGAAGCGCAUGGCAGCGUUGCUGCAGCGGGCGCUGCUGGCAGCAGCAGCGGCGGCGGUGGUGGUGGUGGUGCGAGUGGUUUGUGUGGUGAUGGCG